UCCGGACAGCUUUGACGGAAGCGGAAGAGGAGCUUUGUUUUCGGUGUCUGUGUCACGAUUGCCUCCGUUAUCGAGAUGGGGAGAGGAGCCGGCGCGUUUGAAAGGCUGCUCGAUAAAGCAACCAGUCAACUCCUGCUGGAGACCGACUGGGAGUCCAUUAUCCAGAUCUGCGACAUGAUCCGGCAGGGAGACACCCAAGCAAAGUAUGCUGUGAAUGCAAUCAAGAAGAAAGUCAACGACAAGAACCCGCACGUGGCUCUGUUUGCCCUCGAGGUUCUGGAGUCUGUGGUGAAGAACUGUGGGCAGACUGUGCACGAUGAGGUGGCCAACAAGCUAACCAUGGAGGAACUGAAAGAACUGCAAAAGCGCCAGGUGGAGCCCAACGUUCGUAACAAGAUCCUGUACCUUAUCCAGGCGUGGGCCCACGCGUUUCGGAACGAGCCCAAGUAUAAGGUUGUUCAGGACACGUACCAGAUCAUGAAAGUGGAAGGUCAUAACUUCCCUGAGUUUAAGGAGAGCGAUGCCAUGUUUGCGGCCGAACGGGCUCCGGACUGGGUGGAUGCCGAGGAGUGCCACAGGUGCCGUGUCCAGUUUGGGGUGGUGACCCGUAAGCACCAUUGCCGGGCCUGCGGACAGAUCUUCUGCGGGAAAUGUUCCUCCAAGUGUUCGACCAUCCCAAAGUUUGGCAUUGAGAAGGAAGUUCGUGUUUGCGAGCCCUGCUAUGAGCAGCUGAACAAGAAGGGCGAAGGCAAACCCGCCACGGCUGCAGAAUUGCCUCCCGAGUAUCUUACCAGCCCUCUUUCUCAGCAGUCACAGAUGCCUCCCAAGCGGGACGAGACUGCCCUACAAGAGGAAGAGGAGCUGCAGCUGGCAAUUGCACUGUCUCAGUCUGAGGCCGAGGAAAAGGAGAGAAUGCCUGUUUCUUUUCAGAGGCAAAAGAACACAUAUGGCAUAUAUCCAAAGGCAGAUCCGGCCCCUGUUACCUCUUCUGCCCCUCCGGCCAGUACGCUCUACACGUCUGUUGUAAAUUCUUCUGCUCCCCUUGCUGAAGAAAUUGACCCAGAGCUCGCCCGUUACCUGAAUCGAAACUAUUGGGAGAAGAAGCAAGAAGAAGUGCGAAAGAGCCCCACUCCGUCUGCACCCAUCCCAGUGGCAGAGCCGGUGGUCCAGCCCAGUGAGGUGCCAACAAGCAUGGUUAAUGUGAUGGAGCAGCAGUACCAGAACGGAGAAUCGGAGGAGAAUCACGAGCAGUUCCUGAAAGCCUUGCAGAAUGCCGUCACCACCUUUGUGAACCGCAUGAAAAGCAACCACAUGCGCGGCAGAAGCAUCACCAACGACUCCGCUGUCCUGUCCCUCUUCCAGUCCAUUAACAACAUGCACCCCCAGCUCCUGGAGCUGCUCAACCAACUGGACGAAAGGCGCUUGUACUACGAGGGUCUGCAGGACAAGCUGGCCCAGAUCAGAGAUGCGAGGGGAGCGCUGAAUGCCCUGCGCGACGAGCACCGGGAGAAGCUGCGCCGCGCGGCAGAGGAGGCAGAGAGACAGCGGCAGAUCCAGCUGGCACAGAAACUGGAAAUAAUGCGGCAGAAGAAGCAGGAAUACCUUGAAAUGCAGCGCCAGCUCGCCAUCCAGCGCCUGCAGGAGCAAGAGAAGGAGAGACAGCUCCGUCUGGAGCAGCACAAGCAGACCAUCCAGAUGCGAGCCCAGAUGCCGGCCUUCUCCCUGCCGUAUGCGCAGCUACAGUCGCUGCCGCCAUCUUCUGGGGGAGUUAUGUACCAGCCCUCCGGCCCCAAUGCCUACCCGGGCACGUUCAGCCCAUCCGGCUCAGUGGAGGGGUCCCCCAUGCAUGGUGUUUAUAUGACCCAGCCUGGACAGGCAACCUCUGCACCCUACCCACCCAUGCAGGUGGCCGGCACAGAUCCCGGUAUGGUGAAUGCCUACAUGUAUCCAGCAAGCUCCUCCGCUCAGCAGGGGCAGCAGGUGCCAACUACCAACCCUGCCUACACCACUUAUCAGCCCACGCCAACACAGCCCUAUCAGAAUGCGGCCUCCCAGAGCCUCCCCCCAAUGACCCAGAAUCCUCCAGCAGCAAACAUGGGUUACAUGGGAGCUCCGAAUGUCUCCAUGAAUUACCCGCCGUACAAUAUGCAGAACCUCAUGUCCACGCUUCCUGGCCAAGACCCCGCUCUAAGCAACAUGCCCUCCCAGCAGCCUUUCCAUGGAGGGCAACAGCAGAUGUACCAGCCGAUGCCAGUAGGAUCUGGCCAGCAGCAACCUCCGCAACAGCCGCCGGCACCUGGCCAGCACGGGCCCGGCAGCAGUGAAGCCCAGCUAAUCUCCUUUGAUUGACCGUCCCUUUCAACAUGUCCAGCUCAACGAUCCUUGUCUGCCGCUUUCCCCUCCCCAGUGUGUGUAGCAUGUAACCUGCCCCGGCAAUACACUACAUCGAUGUGCCCGCUGCCUGAGACGACCCGAUCCCGUGCCCGUGCUGACGUAGUAUAAAAA